UAUGACAUUAAUAUUUUUGUAAUUAAUUGGCAUAUAUUUUGGUUUUCAGAAGACAAACCUGAGGAUUAUGGAAAACAAAAGUGUUGGUCAUCAUUUGGAUGGGGCAUUUUUUCCAUAUUCAUCGGCUGGCUUGUGGAUUGGUUUAGCAUCAAUAAGAAGGAAAAAGAUUACUCACCAGUUUUUUAUUCUUGUAUUUUACUCACGAUUUGUAAUUUAUUUGUCGUAAAUAAACUCAAGGUAACUGAAACAAAAAAGUCUAAAGGAAAAUGGAAGAGUAUAUAUGGGCUGUUUACCAAACAUUAUGUCGUUGUAUUUUUUAUAUGGGUGGUAUCAAAUUCAUUUCUCCACACAAUUAUUACACAUUUUCUAUUCUGGUACAUGGAGGAUUUAGUUAUGGCAAACAAUGACCACAGCCAACGGGCGUGGCUGAAAACGCUCCAAGGUCUGGCUCAAGGCAUCCAAUGUUUUGGCGGUGAAAUACCGUUUUAUUUCUGGUCCGGUUGGAUAAUCAGAAAGAUGGGCCACAUCAACUGCAUGGCUUUGGUGUUGGGAGCCAUGGCGAUCAGGAUGUAUCUUUACACGGUCAUCUGGAACCCAGCCUGGAUCAUUGCGAUAGAGCUAUUGAAUGGCGUGUCGUACGCACUGGGAGCGUCGGUGAAAAUGUCGUAUGCAAAAAUUAUGUCACCCGAGGACACCACGAACACUGUAAUCGGGAUAAUAGGGCUUUUCGAUUGCAUUGGUGAAUCUUUAGGUAGUCUACUGGGUGGAUAUCUAUUCUAUUCAUACGGUGGAGUGUGGUCAUUUCGAUUUUUCGCCUACAGUUCGGCUACGAUAUGCUUUUUAAACAUACUAUGCAAUCGUAUUGGACUGACUAAAGAUUUGACAAAAUGUAAAUUUGUUGCUGUGUCUGUGACGGAAAACAAUAAAAACGAUGACGUUGAUCGCAAACCCUAAUUUAAUGUUUUUUAAUAUGUAAAUUUAAAAAAAAAUUGUAAAAAUAAGUUCUGGAAUGUUAUAAAGCGGAAAAUUAUAAUUACAUAAUACAAUAACCAAUACAUUUUUGCUUGGUGAUUAUGUAUACUACAACAACGAAUAAGGGACCACCAAAUAAUUGAAAAUUGAGUAUUGCAAAUAAAUUGUAGAUUUUCUAUUUUUACAUACAAUUUUGUUAGAACAAGAGUUCAUGAAAGUAUUGAUUUUACAAUAAUGAUUGUUUCUUUUACAUAUCCACGAUAACUGAUAAGUUGUUGAAAUAAUGUUUCGAUUUUUAACCAGUAUAAUGUGUAACACUAAAAAAGGUGAAAUGUCCUUACCGUCUAAGAAAUUAAAAAUCGAGCUUUUCAAAUAAUAAAGAAUUAUUGUUUUGUGAAUAUUUAAUUGAUUUACAAGUUUGUUAUGUUAAAAACCACUGAAUAUUAAAUAUUGUAAAAAGUUGAAUAUCAUAAGAUUGUAAAAAAUUAAUGUUACUCCGCGUUAAUUUUUUUUUUUUUUGUAAAAGAUAGAAAAGCUGUAAGGCA